GGUGCUGGUUAAAAUGACACCUUGAAUUCACAGUCUUUCCCUUUAUAUGCAGCCAUGAAUUUCUUUAAGGAGAUCCUGCCUUUUGCAACACGAAUUGUCUCCAACUCCACUUCUGAUGACAUAAGAACAUUUCUCAAUCAGCUUGUUGAAACCCAGAUCAUAUCCUUGGAAUAUUAUGUUAGUCUGAUAAGUGAAAAUGAUGCAGAUGAUCUUGCCCGGAAAAUUGCUUUGAUCGCUGUAGAAAAACCUGAAAUUCACAAUACAUUCCAAUCACUUCUCUGUGGACAUGGGAGAGAAGAGUUUCCACCAGAGCCUCCUGCAAUUAGUAUUGGUUCAUGGCAGGGGGACCUACCAUUACCCCAAAAGACGGUCUCCUCAUUCUCCAAUGACAUAACUGAAUUUCCUAAUAAUUCUGUAGAAACACAGCCCACGCCACUGGAGUAUUUUCUUAAUACACUCAGUGAAAACAAUACGGAUGAUCUUGCAUUGGAUAUUUCUUUAGAAUUUGCAGAAAAACCUGAACUCCUCCAAACAUCUUUGCCAUUUAUGGGUGAACUAGAAGAAGAAUAUAUUUUCACUGCUGUACCUUCCGUUAGGGAAAAUAUGUCUACGAUGGAUCUGAGCACUAUAGACAUGAGUGCGCUGAACUGGAGUUUAGAGUCGGAAUUGGACUUAGAAACACUGUUAACUUUGGAUUUAUCAGAUAUUGAACAACAUUUGAAUGAUGACCCUUUGGAUUUUGAACUUGAAGAUAAUAACUGCAACAAUAUUAUUGAUUAUGAUGAAGAAUACGACAAGAUUGAAAGAAUAUGCAAUUAUAUUUGUGAUGAAGAUCAUUUGAUGGAAAGUUUUUUGGAAGGAGAUGUGUCCUCAGGGAAUCCUCUCGAAGCUCCAACCAAUGGAACUGAACAUUCAUCAAAGGAAUCAAAAAGAAAAAGAAAAGUCAAGCCAGUGACAUCAAAGCGAAAAAGGAUAAAAAAAACACCAACAGUCCUUCAGUGUAUGGAUGCAACAGGAGUACAGCACAGCCCAGAUGGUCAGCUAGUAUCUCAAAGUCUCAGUGCACCCGGAGGAUCAAUAUUAUCUUCAGUACCUCUAAUCAAGGUUGGAAACUGUGUGAACAUGGAACCUGGUACAAUCCUCGGUAAAUUACUACCUGGAUUCACACCCCAGCACAUCAUCAGUUUGCCUCCUGGAACAAAUAUCAUUUUCUACACAGCACCUACAGCACUGUCCCCACCAUUGCAAGCACAACCUGUAACUCCAGUAUCAACAGUUACCAUUUCAGAAAUCCCAACAGUUCCUACAAGCAUCCCAUGCUCCCCUGACAAAAACUGUUCCUUUAGUCCAUUUACUCCUGCAGCAACUGAUUUACCAAAUUCGCCUGAAGCAACUGUCAUGAGUCAGUACCCUCUGAAAGAAUAUGUGGACAUGUUUAGAACUGCUUUGACAGAGAAGUACAAGAACUGCUUGGCCUUGGAAAAAGAUUUACUCUACACUGACAUUGCACUUGUAAAAACCAAAAUUGGCCCCAAAGUUGGGAAAGGUACCUGUAAAACAGUAGAGAAGGAACUUGUGAUUUAUGAUUUCGAUGAGCGGGAAAAAGAAACAGUGGACCCUUCCAGUCUUUUUGCCGAUAAAGAAAGGAAAGAGAUGGAGACAAAUAUAAUUGCACUGAUAGGACAAUCAGGAAUGGGGAAAAGUGUCCUUGUUAAAAAAAUUUGCCAAGACUGGUCCAAUGGGAAAUAUUCACAGUUCAGUUUAGUGUUCUUUUUUGAGUGGAGUGUGCUUGCUUCUUGUAAAAAGCAGUGCAGCUUGAAAGACUUGCUUUUUGAAUUGUCUUCCUGCCCACAAGCGAGGAAUGUUGAAAUCUAUCAGUAUGUUCUGAGAAACCCGGAGAAAGUCCUGCUUAUCUUUGAUAGUGUUGAUGAGUUUCAAGACUCAGAAGGUCUGCUGCAGGCUUCUUUUACUGCAUCCCCUACAAAAACCUAUAAAAUAAAGGAAUUAUUCACUGGCCUUUUCCAAAAGAAGCUGCUGCGAGGGUGCACCAUGCUAAUCACUGCAAGACCAAGAGAUAAAUUUAACCAGUACUUAACAAAGGUGGAUCAGAUUGUAGAAAUGGCUGGAUUUUCUCAGCAACAGGUGGAAUGGUACAUCAAGGAAUAUUUUAAGAGUCUUCCAGAUUUUACUAAUAUGCUAAUAUGGAUAAAAGAACAUGAAUAUCUAUUCAGAUAUUGUUAUAUCCCCUUUUUGUGUAGGAUAAUGUGUCUUUUUGCUGAAGCUAAUUUUAAGGUUGAGAAAGUGGAAUGUCACUCUUCUUUAGCAGAAUUUAUGUUGACUAUACUGCAGAAAAACCAAGAGACUGCAGGCUCAGGUUCCUCCGGCUUUUCAUCUAGUGAGCACUCCAACAUAAAAGAUGAAAUCAAUUUGGCUAACAGAGUUAAUUGCAAACAUGAACUUCAAGUAAAAAAACAACAUAUAAACAAUGGAAACUCACUGGUUCAGCACUUUCAAACAGCCGAGUGUCUCAUGGAACAUAUAACAGAUAAGCAUUUUGUCAGGUAUGCGUCACUGGAGCCCAAAAAGAAACGAAAUCACGAAAAUUGCAGUGAUAUGGCACGAAGGUGCUUGGUUGGCCUUUUAUUUCGCAAAGAUACAAGAACAGAUUUGCUGAAAGUCAUUCUAAAAAAACAAACGAAAAUGACUGACUACUUCAAGACUAUACGGCCUGAAACACUUUGUCCACAAAGACUACUUGAACUUUGUCACUGUGUCUAUGAGACACGUGACAUUAGUCUCAGUCAACACACGGCUGAAAAAUUUAGCGAUGAACUUUCAUUUGCGGGUACCAGACUUACACCCCCAGAUGUAUAUGUGUUAAAAUGCAUCUUGAAACAUGCACACAGAAAAAUAUCCCUGGAUCUGAGGAGAACAGGAAUUGAUCAACAAGGAUUGAAGGAGUUGGUGAAACUGAAAAACAUCAAGUCAUUCAGGGCAUCUCUCAGUGACACAGUCAGACUCUGGAAGACCUUACAAACCGAAAAUAACCUCAGCCUCUUAAACGUGUCUGUUAUGAAGUUCAGAAUUGAUCCAUUCACAGCAGAAAGCAUGAAAGAUAUAGUCGAUCUCACUGCCGUUGUCAACAUCCAGAAUGAAAUUUGCAGUUGCCUUCAAGAAUCAGCAGAUGGGGUCACUGAAAUUCCAGCCAUCAAAACACUUAAGAAGAUCAUAUUUAGACUUGGGAAGAAUCAAGGACAAAAUGGGUUCAUGAAGCUUGUUGACAUUCUUCCACAGCUUCCAUCUCUCCAACACUUAGAUUUGCAUUCUCUUAUUGAGAAUCAUAUCGGUGAUAAAGCGGUUGCAAAGCUGGCUGAGAAAUUUCCCGAAAUGCUGUCUCUUGAAACACUGGACUUAUCACAAAACAAGAUAACUGACGUAGGAGCAGCACAACUAGCCGCAGCUCUCCCUUCCUUGAGCUCUCUACGCACAUUUAGUUUAUUCAACAACUUCAUCCAGGAUGAAGGUGCCAAGAAAUUUGCUGAGAUACUUCCUGAAAUGUCUUCCCUGGAAAAGUUACAUUUAGCAUACAACAAGAUUAGUGAUGUUGGGGCUCGCAAUCUUACAGCGAGCCUUAGGAAAUGUCCCAAAAUGAAGAGUUUGAUGAUAUACAGUUCAGCGAUUCCUCAUAAUAUUUUGCAUCAUCUGCAACAGCAGGACCCAAGGAUCAGUUGCCAGUCGUUUGGCUGAAGGCCAAAAGAAGGGAGAACGAGUACAGUAUGGAGAAAGCCAGUAUGAAAAUCACUUAUCUGACAGCAGUUUGCAUAAUAGUAAUUGCACUACGAAAAGAAUGGCUACGAUAUUGUGAGAAUGAUGCACUAGAAGCCAUAUGCCAAUGCCAAGACAACAAGAAGAGUUUUUGUCUUCCAACGGGAAAUGAGCUCCACUGAAUAGACUAGAAUUGCAUUUAUAAUGGCACCUUAGCCACUCUGCAUUUUAUUGCACUUACACUUAUUUUGCCUUGUAACCAUAGUCUGAUGCCUGCCUCUAAUCACUGCCCGAGCACACCAGCGCACAAACUAAAUUAUGAAGCACAAAAACAAAUAUUGCAUGCAAACUCUCCAUAUCAGGCAGGAGAGUCCAGUUUCAAUUCUGUGUUAAGAAUGAGAUGCACUGAUAAAGCAUGUGUAUGCACAAUUAGGAGUUUAUUUAAUGUAUUUCAAUGCACUAUGAAUAUUUUAAAUGAUAGCUUUUGGUUUUACCCUACUAUGCACAGAGGUCCUUCUGCGAAACUUGCUCCAACAGCCUAGGUUACCGGGGGCAGCAAAAAGGCACUCCUACUAAC